CCCUAAAAAAACCCAAGCAACGCAACGCAGGGACAGUUCCUCUCCUCACUUCCAUUAAAACUCCGAACAACAGUAAACUCACUCACACUUCUUCUCUUACAAGUUUUGAAAGGAAAAAAAAAAAUGUCGAUAAGAGUAUUAAACCCUAACGCGGAGGUUCUCAACAAAUCGGCGGCGCUUCACAUGAACAUCAAUGCCGCUAAAGGUUUACAAGAUGUUCUAAAAUCCAAUCUCGGCCCCAAAGGCACCAUCAAGAUGCUUGUUGGUGGCGCUGGAGAUAUAAAGCUGACUAAGGAUGGAAACACUCUUUUGAAAGAAAUGCAAAUUCAAAAUCCGACGGCCAUUAUGAUUGCAAGGACGGCUGUUGCCCAAGAUGAUAUCAGUGGAGAUGGUACGACGUCUACUGUGAUUUUUAUUGGAGAGCUUAUGAAGCAAUCUGAACGGUGCAUUGAUGAAGGGAUGCAUCCACGUGUAUUGGUUGAUGGUUUUGAGAUUGCGAAAAGAGCCACUCUCCAGUUUCUUGAAAAAUUUAAGACUCCCGUGGUCAUGGGAGAUGAACCUGACAGGGAAAUUCUUAAAAUGGUUGCUAGGACAGCCCUAAGGACGAAGCUGCAUGAAGCUUUGGCAGAUCAGUUAACUGACAUAGUUGUCAAUUCGGUGCUUUGUAUUCGAAAGCCUGAGGAAGGCAUUGAUCUAUUUAUGGUGGAGAUUAUGCACAUGCGUCAUAAAUUUGAUGUUGACACACGGCUUGUUGAAGGUCUUGUUCUUGACCAUGGUUCUAGGCAUCCUGAUAUGAAACGGCGGGCAGAGAAAUGUUUUAUCUUGACAUGCAAUGUGUCUUUGGAAUAUGAGAAAAGUGAAAUAAAUGCAGGAUUUUUCUACUCAAAUGCAGAGCAGCGGGAGGCAAUGGUUACUGCUGAAAGGCGUCAGGUCGAUGAAAGAGUUAAAAAAAUUAUUGAACUAAAAGAUAAGGUUUGUUCUGGUACAGACAACAAUUUUGUGGUUAUCAAUCAAAAGGGAAUUGAUCCUCCAUCAUUGGACCUUCUUGCACGAGCAGGGAUAAUUGCCCUGCGAAGAGCAAAGAGGAGAAAUAUGGAACGCCUGGUUUUGGCUUGUGGAGGAGAGGCUGUGAAUUCUGUCGAUAGUUUAACUCCUGACUGCCUCGGUUGGGCUGGACUGGUGUAUGAGCACGUCCUUGGUGAAGAGAAGUAUACAUUUGUUGAAAAUGUAAAGAACCCCCAUUCUUGCACUAUCUUAAUAAAAGGACCCAAUGACCAUACAAUUGCCCAAAUAAAGGAUGCUGUCCGUGAUGGCUUGAGAGCUGUAAAAAACACCAUUGAAGAUGAAGCUGUUGUGCUUGGAGCAGGAGCUUUUGAAUUUGCAGCCAGGAAAUACCUAAUCAAUGAAGUCAAGAAAACAGUUAAAGGGCGUGCUCAGCUAGGUGUUGAAGCUUUUGCUGAUGCCCUUCUCGUGGUGCCCAAAACACUGGCUGAGAAUUCUGGGCUAGACACUCAAGAUGAGAUUGUCACUCUCACGGGAGAGCAUGACAGGGAUAACAUCGUUGGAAUAAAUCUCCAAACAGGAGGGCCCCUUGAUCCUCAAAUGGAGGGUAUCUUCGACAACUACUCUGUCAAGCGCCAACUCAUAAACUCAGGGCCUGUUAUCGCAUCCCAAUUGCUGCUGGUGGAUGAAGUGAUUAGGGCUGGGCGGAACAUGAGGAAGCCAACUUAGUCAGUGAUGCUCCAGGAUAUUUUCUUUUUCGCGUCUUGAGGAUGCAGUGCUGCCUGGAUGUGUAACAAAAUCUUUUGUGCUUUUAUGUAAUGGAGGAUGGUUGUGUUUGUAGGAUUGUGAUAGAGGGGAUCUCGUUGUCUCAUGGAAUUUUGAUUUAGAAUGAACUACUAUCACUUGGUUUCUCGUCUGUUUACUUCCAUUUUAGCAAGCUUUGUCUUUUUUCCCCUGCUGUACUGUGUUUGGGGGCCAUUUUUUAUAGCCCCUGACCAGAAAUUGCGUUUUGAAAGGUCUGUGUUCAAUGUA